AUUUGAUCGAAUCGCACUAAUAUUUAACUAACUUCAUGUUAAAUUGUUCGCGAACAGUGUUUCGCAAUAACUUUGUAAUUUUAUAUUGAUAUCUCGUGGAAAUCAUGUUAUCCAGCCUAAGAUCUGGUGUAAAAGGAGUGUGGCGAGCUUCUUCUAGAGCCCUUCAGACGACUGCAAAUUUGCAACAUGACAGCCUUUUCGUGCACAGAGACUCUCCCGAGGACAACCCCAAUAUACCAUUUGAAUUCACAGCGGAAAACCAAAAGAGAGUUGAUGCUAUCCUCGCCAUAUAUCCUGAAGGGCACAAACGUGGGGCUAUGAUUCCACUACUGGAUCUAGCACAACGGCAACACGGCGGCUGGUUGCCUAUAUCAGCGAUGCACAAAGUGGCCGAAGUUUUAAAUCUACCUCGUAUGAGAGUGUAUGAAGUAGCUACAUUCUACACUAUGUUUAUUAGGAGACCAAUUGGUAAAUACCACGUUCAAGUGUGCACGACCACACCGUGUUGGCUGAGAGGGUCCGAUGCAGUGCUGAAAGCUAUCACCGAUGCGACCGGAUGCAAAGUUGGCGGGAACAGCCCUUGUGGGAAAUUCUCAGUUUCUGAGGUUGAAUGUCUAGGCGCUUGUGUGAAUGCUCCAAUGAUUCAAGUAAACGACGACUAUUAUGAAGAUUUAACCGUAGAAGACACUAAGGAAAUUAUUGAGAAGCUUAAAAAAGAUGAGAAACCCAAACCUGGUCCAAGGAGCGGUCGUUUUGCGUCUGAGCCUCUUGGCGGGCUGACAUCCCUCACAGAAGAACCUAAAGGUCCAGGCUUCGGUCUACAGGACGCCCUGAAAGCAUAAAUCAUAAAUGUUAUUUGUAAAUUUUGUUUAAUAGACUAUUUAAAUAAAUCAUGUUAGAUCAUUUCAA